AUGGAGCCACCAUCCCAACUGCCCCCACACUAUAGCACUUGCCAACAAAGUCUAACUGCCAUGAUGCUUACAUUUAAGAACCUUAACAUCCCAUUAGCCCCGGGCAAGACACAAGGUCCUGCAACUGUGUUAGAGUUUAUGGGCAUUAUCCUGGACAGCGUUCGCAUGGAAGCACGGCUGCCGGAUGACAAAAUUGAACGCCUCCGAGCAGUUUUCAACACAUUCCAAAAAAGGCGGUCAUGUACUUUGAAAGAACUUCAGUCACUUAUAG